AUGAUUCUUAAAUUUUAAAAAUAGAAAUAGGUACAAUUAAAGAAACUUUUUAAGGAUUAAUAAAAAAGCGAUAAUUAUACAUAGAGGUUUAAAUCAAAAAAAUUACCAUUUUAUUGCAAUCAAUAAGUCAACUUUAUAAAUAAAGGAUUAGGAAAAUUAAAAAAACUAGGUAAAAUAAUUAAUUUAUUAAGAAAAAAGAUUUUAGAAGUAAAGUAUUAAUUUGUUAGAAAAAGAUUAAAAAUAGGCUAAUAGAUUUAUACAAGAAAAAACAAAGUCUUGUAUAACAUAAUUAUUUAGAUAAAAAAAAUACAUUCACAAAAGGUUUAGAAGUUCAUGAGUUUUCGAAAGGAGAAUAAAAUUAUUUAAACAUACGUAUUGUAUAUGAAAAAGAAAAACAUUAGAAUAUAUCAACGAUAAAACUUUUAAGAAUGAAUAGAAAUGAAUAAGCAUUAGAAUAUAUAGAUUAAGCUAUUAAUAAAAAUUCUGAUAAAGAUGAAUAUUAUGCAGUCAAAGGUAAAUAAAAAAAUAUUUAAAUUAAGCUUCUAUACUUUUUCAAUUAAAUAGAAAUGAGGAAGCACUAGAAUAAUUUGGUUAUGCUAUUCACAAGAAUCCUGAUAUAGAUAAAUAUUAUGCUUCCAAAGGUAAAUAAAAAAAUAUUUAUAAAAGCUAAAACACUUUUAAAUAUGAAUAGAAUUGAAGAAGCUUUAGAAUUUUUUUGAUUACUCAAAUCCUGAUAAGGAUAGUUAUUAUGCACUCAAAGGUUAAUUGAAAUUAAUAAAAGAAACUCAUACAC